UGGCAAUGCCCGCGCGUUCGUAUUGGGUCUUGAACCCGGAAGAGACGCCGCGGCGUCUCUUUCUACGUGAGGCUCCUGCUGCGGUUCGGAAGUCGUCUGGCUUCCCAGCGAUAUCUAGCAGCUUAUUGGCUUCUCCCGCGCCUCACGUCGGACCCUGGCUCCGGGGCAGGGAAGCAGAAUGGAAGUUAAGGACCUCCAGGAGGAGUUGACCUGCUCCAUCUGCCUGGACUACUUCCGGGACCCGGUGUCCAUCGAGUGCGGCCACAAUUUCUGCCGCAGCUGCUUGCACCGCAGCCGGGUGCCGGGCAGCGGCCCGUUCCCCUGCCCCGAAUGCCGGCACCCAUCGGCGCCCACCGCGCUGCGACCCAACUGGGCCCUGGCCAGGCUGACGGAGAAGACGCAGCGCCGGCGCCAGGGCCCGGUGCCCCCAGGCCUUUGUGGCCGCCACUGGGAACCGCUGCGGCUCUUCUGCGAGGACGAUCAGCGGCCCGUAUGCUUGGUGUGCAGGGAGUCCCAGGAGCACCAGACCCACGCCAUGGCACCCAUCGACGAAGCCGUCGAGAGCUACCGGAAGGGUAAUUUGGACAUCCACAUGGAUGAAUGGAAGAGAAGACCAGUUAGGCUGCUGUGGUACCAUUUUAACCAGGAGGAGAAACUUCUUCAGUCUCAGUGUAAUCUUGGGGACAAGAUGAAGACACUCUUGGAAUUACAGGAAAUAGAAGCAAAGAUCGCUACACGGUGGAAGGAUAAGAUAAAGAGUCAGCGAAUGAGAAUCAGCACGGAGUUUUCAAAGCUGCACAACUUCCUGGUUGAAGAAGAAGACCUGUUUAUUCAAAGACUGAGCAAAGAAGAAGAAGAGACAAAGACGAAGCUGAAUGAGAACAGGUUAAAACUCAAUCAAACAAUUUCUUCAUUGAAGAAGCUCAUCGUAGAGGUUGGGGAGAAGAGGCAAGCCCCCACCCUGGAGCUGUUGCAGAAUCCGAAAGAUGUGUUGACCAGGAGUGAGAUCCAGGAUGUGAACUAUUCCCUUGAGGCUCCAAAGGUGAAAACAGUGUGUCAGAUACCAUUGAUGAAGGAAAUGCUAAAGCGAUUUCAAGUGGCUGUAAACCUAGCUGAAGAUACAGCACAUCCCAAACUUGUCUUCUCCCAGGAGGGGAGAUAUGUGAAAAAUGUAGCAUCAGCCAGUUCUUGGCCAGCGUUUUCUGCAGCGUGGAACUUUGUCGCUGGAUGGAGGAAUCCUCAGAAGACCGCUCAUGUAGAGAAAUUUCAGCACUUACCCUGUGUUCUAGGGAAAAAUGUUUUCACUUCAGGGAAACAUUACUGGGAAAUUGAGAGAAGAGAUGGUCUGGACGUUGCCGUUGGGGUGUGUCGGGAGGAUGUCAUGGGAAUUACUGAUCAUUCAAAAAUGUCCCCAGAUGUGGGAAUAUGGGCAAUUUAUUGGAGUGUUGCUGGCUGCUGGCCCUUGACAGGCUUCCCUGGAAGUCCCAUCCAGCCAGAGCCCACUGCCCACCGGGUGGGGGUUUACCUGGAUCGUGGGACUGGGAAUGUCUCCUUCUACAGCGCUGUGGAUGGAGUGCACCUGCACACCUUUUCUUGUUCUUCUGUCUCACGCCUCCGGCCGUUUUUUUGGUUGAGUCCAUUAGCAUCUUUAGUCAUUCCACCAGUGACUGAUGGGAAAUGAGGCUUUUCUUCCCCUGAGCAAAACUCCUUCUCUGUAGUCCAACUCAGGAACACACGUCCCUGGCCCUUUUCUGCCCGUCAUGUCUAUCCUGGGUAGUCCAUCAUCUGAGUCUCCCUAAUUGAACCGUUUGGUAUCUGCCCUUUGUGUGCUUCAGAAGAGGUAGUCCCAUGGGGGGUGGUUCUGACCAAUGGAGAUGGGACAGAAAGUUUUCCAAAGUGCUUUUGGGGAAUCUUUUUGUAGCUUUUAAAGAGAUAUACAGGGAAGACAUAUGGAUGUUAGCAGCCACAUUAGAACUGAGAACACAGGAAUGGUGGAAAGGUAGAAGAAACAGUCUUAGUUGCCAUUCUUAAAUUGUUGACAUUUCCUUAAUCCCAACCUUCUUGCUUUAUGAGAUAUGCCCUUAUUGUAUAAGGUAGUUUUAGUGGUAUUGGUUAUUGUAGCCUGAAGUACCCUAACUGGCAGUAAAGGCACAUAAUGUGAACAUCCCACAGCAUAGGCUUAUUUCACUUCCGUGAACUUUGACAAGGGCAUAGAAUCCUUUUCUAUCCGGUCGGGCAUUGCCUCUUUUUUCUAGUAACUACUGAUUCCCCCACUUUUCAGUCUUAGAAAAUGGUGGGAAUCUCCCUCAGGCAUCAAGACCCACAUUUAAGAAGGUUCUUCCGAUGUAGCUACCUGAGCUCUCCAAGGACUGACCAGGGACCUUUCCAGGGCUCAAGGAUUUCUGGACCUUUCUACCAGUUGCGGACCAGGAGAGGGCGGGAGGGCCCAGGGAGGGUUUUCGUACUGCUGAAUGUUUUCCAGAUCAUAUAUUACAAUCUUUCAAAGUGGUACACUAGACUUCAUUGGUUUUUCGAGUGAUAAGGCUUCAGUUGGUGGGAACAGCAGGAAAAGGCAUUCCAGUCUGCCCUACUGGGUAUGGCAGCCCUCCCAGGAGGGGCCCACAUCCUCCUCCUGCAGUCCUUGUCCAGGGGCAAGAGGCAAACCAGCAGCUGGACUUGAUCCCCCCGUGUCCCUUUGCUUCUGGCUGGUAGAUAAUGUCAGCUUGCUGUCUUGGUUGCCAGACCUUGUUCACUGUUUCUGUUGUGUGAUCAGUUUGUGGUUUAUUCUGUAUUUGUCUCCCAUGCCUUGCUCUUCCCCUGAAGAAUCAUGUCUUCUCUUUGGCCAUCUCAAAUUGAGAACCUCUGAACUAUCCCUGCAGAACUGCCUGGCUGGCGCCCACAAGCAAUACCUCUUAUUCCAGCAGGACCAAGGGGCCAGCUUCUAGCGAGUGACUCCAGUAAGUGUAGCCACCUCUCCCGCGAGGGUCUGGGAGCCUGGCCCCAGCAAGAGACCCUCCAGACCUCUGGCUCUAGAGAAGCUGAAUGUGCCCACUUCAUGGGUCACACUCUUUGCAUUUCUGUAAGGCAAUCUUGGCACACUGGGGCUAAGCAGUGGCCUAGGUAAUUUUUUGUUUCAUGGACUAUGGACUCUUUCAAAGGGAUCUGAUCCUUUUAAAUUUUGCACAGCCCUAGUUAUAAUCCCUUUUGAUAAAAGGGUCUUUGCUUCUGAUUACAGGAGCACUGUGAACGUCUGUAAAUAUGUUUUUAUAAUCCAUGUAUAGCUGGUGUACACUCAAAUAAAACCAGUCCCUAGCAGCCACUGUUCUCCAUGUAGGGCCGUAAUGGAAUUCUGAAGAAAUCCCGGGGAGGGAGGGGGAGUUGGAACAAAUGUCUGUUCCUGGAAACCAGUCUGUGCUCAGACCUUUAGACUCAUUGUAAAUUGCCGCUGCCAACAUGAGACCAAAGUGUGUGACUUGUCAAUGCAGCGUGACAACAUUAAAGACUGAUGUUACACCUCAAAAGAAAAAAAAAAAAAAAUUGUGGGAAUCUCCCCUCACUCUGCCCAUGUUGCAGUCCCUCUCUUCCCAACCAUGUCUCUGCCCUCAACUAUUAACUGUGCUGUGUAUUUAUCAACUCUGCCCUCAACUAUUAACUGUGCUGUGUAUUUAUCAACUCUGCCCUCAACUAUUGACUGUGCUGUGUAUCUAUCAACUCUGCCCUCAACUAUUGACUGUGCUGUGUAUUUAUCAACUCUGCCCUCAACUAUUGACUGUGCUGUGUAUCUAUCAACUCUGCCCUCAACUAUUGACUGUGCUGUGUAUUUAUCAAGUACCUAUAUCGUAUGUGCAGGGUUAUUCAUGUCAUGAGAAUGUUGGAAUGCUUGUUAAAUACUUUUGCUAGCCUCUUCAUAUACUAUUGCAUAUGACUCUCAUCACAACUCAGUGAGAUGGAAAGUAAAAUCCUAUUUGUACAAAUGAGAAAACCCAACUCUUUAUAGAAUAACUAGCUCAUUAUUGGCUUGCUGGUAAAUGGCAGUGUUGGGAUGAAAACCCAGAUUUGUCUGAGAUGAAGGCCCAUGCUCCUAUCUACUCUCCCUUUAUUCAGAAGCAUUGACUGGCUGUUGAUCUUUGUUUCGGGUUUUGAUUUUGUUAUAUAUUUUUUUAUCCUGUGUAUGUUUUCCUCACUCUACCCUUCUGCUCUAAAUUGUCUGGACUCAGGAGAUUGUGGCAGUUACUGGAUAGUUAUUUUUAAAAUAAUGAUUGCUUUUCUCUUCUAUAAAGUCAUGUACUUAUUGUAGAAAGCUUAUAAGAUAAAAAAAAGUAUAAAGUUAUGUACUACUAACAUUUUAAUGUAUUUUCUUCCGGAUUUUCAAUAAAGACUUUCAGGCAGCAGUUUAA